AUGGAGUCAGCCACACAGCAGAGGUAUGGCCCAAAAGGAAACUUCCAAGGACACCAAGGUACUUUCCCAAGGCCGAAAAUGCACAUACCACCUGGUUUCCCUCAUCAGCCACCUCAACAUGCGCCUAGCCAAGAACAUGAGUUAAGAGCAAUGCUGAAACAGUUGCUACAAGGCCAAGCUGAUGAUGUUAUGGAAACAAGCAAGAAGUUGGCUGAGAUAAACUCUAAGAUUGAGUCCUUGACCACUAGAGUUCACACUUUGGAAAAACCAUAUCUUCUUCUGCUGCUGCCUGUGUUCUAA